UAGUGUAAUUAUAAUUCUCAAGUAAGCUACCAAAAAUCCUGUCACUAAGAGCUAUUUUUUUUUCGCGUUUUCGCCGUGGAAUUAUUUGACUUGGAAAUUUUGUGUUUUAGAAAGCUGCGACAUCAGUGAGUGAUAUAGUUUAUGUUCAUGUGUGUGAGUAUUUUGAAUGAAUUUUCGCAAGUCACACUUGACCGAUUUGUUUUUGAUCAUUUAUUUUAGUGAUAAAUAAAAAAAAAAUGUUGAGAAAACAAAAUUAUUUGUACGGCACUACAGAUGUGUCGAUACCGAACAAGAAGAGUUUUGCGAAGUAUUUGCUGGACCGAUUUUAUCAGAUGAGAGAACAGAUAGCUCUUAUUAAUGGUGCAACUGACAAUGUUUUGAGAUACGGCCAAAUUGUUCAAGAAGCAAUGAAUCUGGCCAUAUCGCUCACUCAUCUGGGAGUACGGACGGGGGACGUCGUUGCUCUUUGCACUGAAAAUAGGGACGAGUUUUGGGGCACAAUGCUGGGGAUCAUUUGUACAGGUGCUGUCUUCACCCCAUACAAUCCGACUUAUAGCGCUGGCGAAAUGAAACACGUACUGGACAUAUCCAAGCCUAGCUACUUAAUAUGCUCGCCUUUGGCUUAUAAAGCUCACGAGAAAACUUUCGAAGGCACAAACCGUUUAAAGAGGAUCAUAUUAUAUGGAGACGAGAGUGUUAAAAAUACAGUAUUGUACAACGAUUUGGUAAUAGCUGGCAGUAAUGGUGAAAGUGAGUUGGUAUUUAGAAACAAGCUGUCGAGGAAUGUAAGAUAUGAAGAAUUCGAAGUUGCUGACCCAAUUGAUGGAUUGGACGGCGUUGUGGUCAUUAUGUACUCGUCAGGAACCACGGGCUUGCCUAAAGGAGUGCAAAUCACGCAUUCAAACGUGAUUUGCGCGUGUUCCUCUUCGAUAUUGAGAUUCACUCGACCGAAAUCUCUUAUCGUCACUCCCUGGUUCCACGUUAUGGGCUUAGUGGGAAGUGCAAUAAACUUAUUUGCAGGUCAAAGCAUCAUAGUAUAUCUACCGCGAUUCAAUGUUGAGCUUUAUUUGAAAACGAUUGAAAAAUAUAAGGUGGGACAGUUGUUUCUAGUGCCAGCAAUACUAGUUGCGUUAAAUAAGUCAGAAAACAAAUAUGAUGUUAGCUCCGUAGAUACAAUUAUGUGUGGUGCGUCACCGUUGCCAAAAGAUGUCGCUGAACUCACUCAAAAAAGAUUUCCCAAUGUACCUGGCAUACUGCAAGGCUACGGUAUGACCGAAUGUACGUUGGGCGUCUGCGUUAAUGAAUACAAGAAUGGCGAAAUCAAGAAACCUGACAGUAAUGGAACAGUGGUGCCUUGUACCGUUGUGAAGAUUGUAGAUAUAGAAACGAGAGAUGCCCUGGGUGCACACCGUACCGGAGAAAUAUGUGUAAAAGGUUCCAUGUUAAUGAAGGGCUACCUGGGCGUCGACAGAAGGGAGACCUUCGACGAGGACAACUUCUUUAGGACUGGCGAUAUUGGGUAUUAUGAUGAAGAUGGAUAUUUGUAUGUUGUGGACAGAUUGAAGGAACUCAUUAAAUAUAAAUCAUUCCAGGUAGCACCAGCGGAAAUAGAAGCGUUGCUGUUACAACACGAGGCGGUAAGAGAUGCAGGGGUAGUCGGUAUACCAGAUAGAGAAGCAGGAGAAGUGCCGAUAGCAUUCGUGGCACUGCAACCAGGCAGGACCGUCACUGAGAAGGAACUACAGGACUUUGUGGCAGAGAGGCUAUCGAAUCCGAAACGUCUCAGAGGCGGUGUACGAUUCUUGUCUGAAAUACCAAAGAAUGCAAGCGGCAAGAUACUGAGGAAGGAGCUUCGCAAUUUGACCAAAAAUAAUAUAAGCAAACUAUAAUUUUAUUAUUGUUUCAUGACAAUUUUAGGAAGUAAAAUUAAAUAUAUGUACCACAUUAUUAA